AUGUACAACUGCUACAGUCCUCAAGAGACGGCCGAGAUCGUUGCUCGGGCCGGUGUGGCCAAGGGUAACAUGCGGCUGGACAAGGUAUUCUUCAGUUCCGUGUCGGCCGGUUGUUUGCUGUCUUUUGCCUGUGCCACUGCCCUGUCCACAAAUGCGGCCCCUUGGUACCAGGAGAACGCUCCGGGCUUGAUUCGAACAUUGUCGGCAUUGGUGUUUCCAUACGGCCUGUGCAUGAUCGUGCUCACCGGUGCUGAUUUGUGCACCGGCAGCUUCAUGUUCACCGGAAUGGCCGUCCUUCAACGCCGCCUCAGCCUACUGAAGAUGCUGAUUCAUUGGUUCGUCACCUUCUGGGGCAACCUGGCGGGCUCCCUGUUCAUUGUCGCGCUCAUCACUGGCUACGGCGGUAUCUUCGACUCUGCUGCGUACAAGACCGAGGUCAUCAAGUUCGUGACCACCAAACAGGUCACACCCGGCUGGCAUGAGGUCUUCCUGAGGGGCAUUGGCGCAAACUGGCUGGUUUGUUUGGCUUGCUACCUGGGCAUGUCUGGACGAGAAUAUAUCAGUAAGAUCGUUGGUAUCUGGUGGCCGACCUUCGCUUUCGUGUCUCUCGGAUUCGACCACGUCGUUGCGAACAUGUUUUUCGUGCCAAUGGGCAUCUGGCAAGGCACUCCAGGAGUUAGCGUUGGCCUAUACAUCUGGAAGGGGAUCAUUCCUGCCCUGAUCGGAAAUAUUAUCGGCGGAGCUUUGUUUGUUGGAGCGUACUACUGGUACCAGUAUCUGCAAGGGGUCCCUGACGAUGCAAUUCUCAUCGAUGGCGUGCCAUAUAGUGGUUCCGCCAGCGGGCCCGUGGAUCUUGGAAGAAAGAAGACAGGUGACGAAGAGACGUUGAGAGGUGUCAGCCCCGAGAAGGGGCCCCGUGGUGGUAGAGCCCAAGACUAG